UUUCCAAGGAGGGUUAUCGUUCAACUUUCGAGCCAAAGAAAAUGGUCCGAUGGCUACCAUUAGAAUCAAAUCCAGAUGUUAUGAACAAGGUUAGUUUUGUCGUAAAUCUUGGUUUAAAGCCAACAUGGAGCUUUGUUGAUGUUUUUGGACUUGAACCUGAGUUAUUGGCCAUGUUACCUCAGCCAACAUGUGCAUUGCUUCUUCUUUUUCCAACAAGUGAUAAGUAUCAUGAAUAUAAGACAGAGCAAGAGGAGAAAGUCAAGGAACAUGGCCAGGAGGUGAGCCCUAAUUUGUUCUUCAUGAAGCAGACAAUUGGCAAUGCAUGUGGAACAGUGGCUAUAAUACAUUCCAUUGCCAACAACACAGAUGUACUACAGCUGGACGAGGGCUUUCUCAAGAAAUUUAUAGACUCUACCAAAUCACUGUCUCCAGAUGAAAAAGGAGAACGGCUUGAAAGUGAUGAGAACAUCUGUGAAGCGCAUGCAGCUUGUGCUCAGGAAGGACAAACAGAGACCCCAUCUGUUGAUGAUCGUGUUGAUCUUCAUUUUGUUGCCAUUGUUCACAGAGAUGGUUUUUUAUAUGAGCUAGAUGGAAGGAAAUUGUUCCCUAUAAAUCAUGGAAAGUCAUCUGAAGAAACAUUUUUACAGGAUGCAGCUGAAGUAUGUAAAGAAUACAUGAAAAGAGAUCCUACACAACUCCAUUUUACAGUUGUUGCAUUGUCCAAAACUGAAUGAGUUCUGCUGAGACUCAGAUAAAUCGACAAUACUGUCAACCCUUUAACUCCUAUGAGUGACCAAGACAAGUUUCUCCUCACAGUAUCAAUACAAUAUAAACCAGAUAAGUAAUGAGAAUAAAGAAAAAUAUCAAAUUGGGCAUAAUUUGUUGAUUCAGUUCUAAAUUCUCUGAACUAACUUAAGAAUUGUAUGGUUGACAGUAAGGAGAAUCACAAAUUUGAUCUGGGAGUUAAAGGAUUAAUAAGAGAAGAAAAUUAGAUCAUGAAGGAAUUGUUUGCUAGGUUUUUUUUCUCUCUUAAAGUGAAAGUCACAGUACAAAAGCUACAUUUUUUUGCGUGUAAAUUAAGUUUGUUGUUAAUUCAAACAGCAAAGAUAAAAUUGUGUUGAAAAGAACUUUUUCCUGUGGACAUGGCUGUGUUGUCUGUUUGAGUGAACAGUGUGGAAUGGCCAUUUUUGAUGUAACUCAUUUAUCCUCAUGGUAAUUUUGGUUUUAUCUAGUUGGUUGAUAAUUUAAAUUGGCCACCUUAAAGAGUCUCGAAGCUCUGACGAAGGGCUAAUGCUCAAAACCUCAGGGGGUUGUAUAGCUUCUUGCUAGGUUUCUGUACCCAGAUAUGGCCCUUUGAUGGGAACUUCCAUUGGAGCGUGAAGGCCAAACUUUCAACUUAAGACCUCCAACACUACUGUGAGUAAACUUGGCUUUGAAACUGUUUACGGUGGCUAAUUUACAUUAUCAACCAAGUUCAUAAAACCAAAAUUAUCUUGCUAUACUCCUCCACUGAUGCAGCACCACAGAUUCUAUAGAAACUCACCCCUUUUGUUCUCAUGGUAAAUCAAAUAAAACCAAACUAUUCUCAAAACAGUUUUGUAAAAAUGGGAAAACCGAGUUUUUGUCCUUUCAAGGUCCCAGUUUUUGUUACAACUACUAUUUUGCAAAUCUACUUUCCUUUGUUAAAUAUGGGGUUUUGCCACUCUUGUGUGUUUUGACACAUUCAAAAACCUAGGCUUUCACAGAAAGAGUCAAUUCUGAGUGAGAGGAACACUCUUGUCCCGUUUCACUUUCACAGGACAAAAAUUGUACUCAUUGUCGGUCAGCUUUUAUUAAUAAAAGAUCGAUGCAACUGAAA